GGCCCGCGAGUUUCACACGCAGCGGUACGAUGACAACAACGCACCGCUCAUGUAUGUCCGCAUCCAAGUUGGGCAAGCGUCUUGCAACGCUUUGCUGGAUAGCGGCGCGUCUCGCAAUUUCAUAAGCCAAGCCUUUAUGCAAAGGGCUGGCCUUGGCGCACAAGUUCGGAGGAAGGCAAACCCGACGGCGAUCAAGUUGGCGGAUGGAAAGACACAGCAUCUUCUCGACCGUUACAUCGGGGUCGUACCGGUGUAUUUCUCACCUCAUGCAUGCGAACCGGUGAUGUUCGACAUUUUGGACACGGACUUCGACAUUAUUCUGGGAAUGCCUUGGCUUGCAAGUGCGGAUCACACGGUCAACUUCCACCGACGGACUCUUAGCGUUCGCGACGCCUUCGGCGCCGAAGUGGCAUGUACUAUUCCCCUUCCGCACCCUUCGAUUCGGUGUCAAGCGGUGACGGCCAAAUCAUCCUGGGCGACUUGCGCUUACGAGCAGCCCAAGGAAAUCGACCUAUGUUUCCUACGGACCGUCGCGGUAGCCGACUCUUCACCCACGGACUUGUCUUCGGACCCCCGCGUGGUGUGGUCGCUGGACUUCGAGUCACCUACCGGUGUGGUGCCGGAUCGGCCGAUCUCUCACGAGAUCAUUCUCGAGGCCGGUGCUGUGCCGCCGAAAGGUUGCAUCUAUCGGAUGAGCGAGGAGAAGCUUGAGGUCCUCCGCGCACAACUCGACGAUUUGUUGGCCAAGGGCUGGAUCCGCCCUAGUAGCUCCCCAUAUGGAGCACCAGUUCUCUUCGUCCGGAAGAAGAACAAGGAUCUACGUUUAUGCAUCGACUACCGCAAGCUCAACGCGCAAACCGUCAAGAAUGCGGGGCCUCUUCCUCGCAUGGAUGAUCUUCUAGAGCGAUUGGGCGGCACAAAGUAUUUCUCUAAGUUGGAUUUGAAGUCGGGAUAUCAUCAAAUCUCGAUCCGACCGGAUGAUCGCUACAAAUCCGCGUUCAAAACGCGGUACGGGCAUUUUGAGUGGGUGGCCAUGCCUUUUGGCCUCACCAAUGCCCCGUCGACCUUUCAAGCGGCAAUGACCAACGAGUUUCGUGCAAUGUUGGACCGGUUCGUGCUGGUCUACUUAGACGAUAUUCUCGUCUAUAGCCGGACAUUGGAGGAUCAUCUGGGGCAUCUUCGACGAGUGUUGGAGACGCUCCGCCGCUCCAAGUACAAGGCCAACCGCGACAAGUGCGAAUUUGUCCGGCAAGAGCUGGAAUACUUGGGCCAUUUUGUCACACCGGAGGGCAUCAGUUCGCUAUCGGACAAGAUUCAGGCCAUCCAAGAGUGUCCGGAGCCACGAAACGUCAUGGAUGUCCGCUCGUUCCUUGGCCUUGCCGGCUACUACCAGCGUUUCAUCAAGGGCUUUUCGAAGAUCGCGGCCCGCUUGACCAAGCUUCAAUGCGAGGAUCGGCCGUUCGACUUCGGAGAGGAUGCGCGGGAAUCAUUUUUGGAUUUCAAAGCCGCACUAUUAUCUGCGGAGAUCUUGCACAUAUACGACCCGCUUUUGCCUACGUGCGUCACUACGGAUGCGUCCGGCUAUGGCAUUGGUGUCGUCCUCGAGCAACACGAUGGCGUGGACUAGCACCCGGUCGAGUAUUUCAGCAAGAAAG